UGCCGAUGAUAUCGCGGGUGUGGUGUUCCGGAUGAUCGUGACACGUUCGCAACUCUAAAACGAAUCGACCGUUCUCUGUAUUCAUCGAUCGACCGGUGGAUCAACGUUUCCCUCUUUCUUUCUGUGCGACGAUUCCCGCAAAUUUCGAAAUCUCGACGAGGACUUAACAUCGCUACGUAUCAAGAUAUUUAUAAUCUUAUCUUCGCUUGGAGAGGAAAAAGGCGAAAGGUGUACUCCACCUUGCGGCACUGGAACGUUACGCAACAGUCGCGACCAACAGGGACAAUGAAGUCGAAGACGAACGAGAAUUUUAUAACGAGUGAAAGUAACGGGGUCAAGAAGGAUCAGGAACUCAAGCAGAAACUACUGAAGAAGGGUAAAACGUUCUGUCAGUCCUGUAAGAAGAAGUGCAGCGGGGAGGUGCUACGAGUACAGGACAAGUAUUUCCACAUAGGGUGUUUCAAGUGUGCUCAGUGCAACUCGAGUUUAGCGCAGGGCGGCUUUUUCGCUCGCGAGGGCUCUUACUACUGCACCAAGGACUACAGGGAACGUUGGGGCACGAAGUGCGCUGGCUGUGGAGAGUACGUGGAAGGUGAUGUAGUCACCGCGGGCGAGAAACACGCGUUCCAUCCGAAUUGUUUUCACUGUCAGAGAUGCAGACAACCGCUGUUGGGCCAGGGAACGAAGGUGUCCCUUGUGCAAGGUCAAGCUCUAUGUCAUCGAUGCGUCGGUAUCCCGGUUCGACAGGCCUCGACGCCGGUUGGUUAUACCGCUAUCACCAGAGAAGCCGGAGACGGGCUCUCCGACCCCGGUGCUUGCGCCGGUUGCGGAAACCAAUUACGAGAAGGUCAAGCUUUGGUAGCUCUCGAUCGGCAAUGGCACGUUUGGUGCUUCAAGUGCCACAGCUGCGACAGCGUUCUUCACGGCGAAUACAUGGGAAAAGACGGAGUGCCUUACUGCGAGAAGGAUUAUCAGAAGCAGUUCGGCGUCAAGUGCGCUUACUGCAAUCGUUACAUCAGCGGUAAAGUACUGCAAGCUGGCGAUAAUCAUCAUUUUCACCCGACUUGUGCGCGAUGCACCAAGUGCGGUGAUCCUUUCGGGGAUGGCGAAGAAAUGUACUUGCAAGGCGCUGCGAUAUGGCAUCCCCGUUGCGGUCCAGGGCCCAGUGGCCCGAACGGUAUCGUGAAUGGUCACGGCGAAGCUCACACUCCGCAGCAUCGAGAAUCGGAGCGGAUUUCCAGCAGCGCUUCGGAAAUGCAGUUUUCAUUGCGGUCACGCACGCCAAGCCUGAACGGAUCACUCUGCAGCCCUUACAGCAGCCUCAGUCGCAAGUAUUACCCCGCACGAACUGGCAGUCCGGGACUGAUAUUGAGAGAAUAUGGACGCGGUGCAUCCGAGGAUGUGUCUAGGAUUUACACUUACUCGUACUUGACCGAAACGCCCAGCCAAGGAUACCUGAGACGUCCGAUACAACCUUACGACAAACCUCCGACUAGUCCGCACUUUCAUAGACCUAGCUCGUCUCGUUCGAUAAGAAGCAGCGGCGGACGCAGCAGUCGAUCCGGAAUGCGAGCUCUGGUCGAUGCUCUCAGCGAACCCAGACCGAAGUCGCCAGCCAGUCAAGUAGAUAACGAGGAGCCAAUAGAGCUGGCGCAUUAUCCCGAUGCCAUGAAGCCACCUCCUGGAUCCAAACCACCGAUCGAAAGAGACGAUUUCCCUGCCCCUCCCUAUCCUUACACGGAUCCCGAGAGACGUAGACGAUGGUCCGACACGUACAAGGGGGUACCCGCAUCGGACGACGAAGACGAAGUCGACAACAAAACUUACAUAAAAGAAGUGGAGGAAAAAUUGAAAAAAGAGCAAGACGAGCUAAGCAAAAUCGACACUGGAAUAGCGAAGGUGUUCUUGCAUGACCGUGAAAAGGAUCGAGAAAACUUGAGACACAAAGCUGCGAACGUGGAUCCUAGAAACGCGUCGAGAACACCGUCCGCUGCCAGAGAACCGACUUACAGACUGCGAUACGAAAGCCCGGUGGGCGCAUCACCGUCGAGAAAUAUAGAUCACGCCAGACCCUGGGAAGACGACGACGGUUUGAGCUAUAGAUCCAGCGGGCCCAGCUACAACGUUGGGAGAUCAUCGGCACGCUCCCCGGCUCCCAGAAACUAUCCACCCCUUGGUACUCAACGCGCCUUCACUCUUCCGAACGCCGCUAGGCACUAUAAUUCGGGUGAUUAUUCGUUCAGUGGGAUGGGAGACAAGACGCACAGCAUUGAUUUCUCAUCUGGCAAAUCAGAUAUAUCGACAGGCAGCAUCACGGAUGUGGAUCGACGGGCAUUGGUAUGUACCACAGCCCCAUACUACUCCCGGCGAAUUAGCAUGAAUGAUGGUGGAAUGCUUCCAUCGUCCACCACGUAUACAGGUGGCCUCGGUUCGGUGGUCGGAGGUCACGGAGGCCAUCACGUGAGGAGAUCGUUGCCGGACAUGGGUACUGCGCCAUCCGAACCACCGAAACUCUAUCCUUACCACUUACUUGUCAUCACUAACUAUAGGCUGCCCGCUGACGUGGAUCGUUGCAACCUUGAACGACACCUUUCGGACGCGGAAUUCGAGGCAGUUCUACAGUUUACCCGCGCAGAGUUCUAUAGACUACCGCAGUGGCGUCGCAACGAGAUCAAAAGACGCGCCCGAUUGUUUUAACUAGCAGCAUUCGUAUUACGCGUUCUACUUACUACCUUCGUCGUGUCACGACUGUGUUACCGUGGUACAGAAUGUACAUUCCUUUUGCCCGCGUUAGGUGUAUCAUGAGAAUGAGAGAGAGAGUAAGAGAGUAGAGCACGUGUUCGAUACCGAUGAUCCGUGAAUGUUUGCAAUCAUGAAAUAUAGGUAUAUAUAUAGUACCUACGUAUCGCCAAAACCAUCGUCAUUUUUACGAACGCGAAAAAGGUUGAGUAAUCUUCGUAUUCUGACGCAACACGUUCAUUUAACACGUAAAACACGUACACACAGGCACACGAACGCGGAUCGUUUACAUACCGAGACACAAGAAGCACUGCCAUUUUAUCGUCAAUUUCAUUCUCUCGGCUACGAAUCCACGGACAGCUCGACUAAUCGUUGUCGACGACUCGUCGUCGUCCCUGUAACUUCGGUGCUUCUUUCGAAAGAAUUUUCUUUCGCUGUUCGUAGGGUUGUUAUCCGUUUCUGUGAUUAGCAGUGGAGAUCUGCUAAAGCGCGUGAGAGCGAAGUAAUCGAACGCGUGAUAAUGAUCUAGCCGUAGACCAAGCAAGGAUCAUUGUAGUCGGUAAAAAAAAUGUUUCGAUCGUUGGUGAUAAUCUUGGGUAAACAAACGAUAUAUCGUUUACGUAUAUCGACUCCUAUCGAUGGCCGUUUCGGGGAACGGUUUUAAAGAGAUUGACUUCUCUUUUCUAUAUGUAGCAUGUAAUUUGAUUUUCGUGACCAUGGUGUUUUCACAUCGCGAAGAAGAGAAAAAAUUGUUAGAUGGGUAUGAUAUUUUAGAAAAGUAGCCAAACACGAGCGAUCGUGUCUCAUCUCAAACUUUCAAUCGUUUGAACAGAGAACAGUCGAUGGCUUAGAGUUUAUUCGCGGACGUCGACGGAUAUAGCACACGAGGAAAGUACCAACUACGCGAAACGCGAAGCAACUAGUGGAGAAAAAGAGAUAGUAAUACUCGUACGUUGUUGUAAAUAAACCGGAAGGUCAUACAGAGAUGAAAGAAGCAACGGAGGUACGAAGAUUUAAGGUAUAUAUACAUAUAUAUAUAUACAUACAUACAUACCGUUUUGAGAAUUUGCUUGAAUCACAGACACAUUUACUAUUUGCAAAGGGUUAUAACACGAAAAGCGCUACUAUUAUAGGAGCUAUCAUUAUCAUUAAUUUUUAGCUAUUAUUAUUAUUAAUUAUUAUUAUUAUUAUUAUUAUUAUUAUUAUUAUUAUUAUUAUUAUUAUAUUUUACUAUAAGCAAUAUGAAAAAUUUAAGUUAUAAGUAGAUAGAAAGUCCAGCUUGCCGAGUGACGUGUAUAUAUACAUAUAUACGUAUAUCGUCGUUUUUACAUGCUGUAUCUUUGUUUUAUCACGCGUGGAGUUAUACAGGCUAUGCUGUAAUUCGCGGUAUAACCGCAAAGGAAAUGUUUUGUUCGCGUCAGAUAUUUGGACGUGCUUUCUAUUCCAACGUGGUCUCGUUCAGGAAAAUUGUAUUCGACGAUACCACGAAUUACGAGGCACGCUGUAUAAAUAAAACCUUUCUUAUUCGUUUCUCUGACUUGCAUAUCGACUGCACAAAAACCCUCCGCGAUGCGAGCGAGAGUUGUGCAUGUAUCCGUAACAAAAAAAAAUAUAUCCGCAUUUUGCUAAAGCGAAUUACACGAAGAAAGAAAGAGGGGGAAAAAAUGUUGAGAAAGCCGAGUUGUAUUCUACGCGAAUAUGUCAGACGGCAAGCUGAACGCGCGACAGAAGAGCUCGGAUACGUUGAACCCUAAUCGAACGGAUGUUAAUUUUCCUAUAGUUUCAUGGAAUGUAAUUGUAUCGAGAUCCUGGUCGUUGCAUCGAUCACAUUGAUAACAACUGUUCGCGACUACGCGAAGCGGAGAGAACCUGUCCGAUUCGUUGUCGCGUACACGCAGGAGUGCGUAACUCCUGAUCGAGUCCGAGAAUCGCAUUUUACUAUACUACACUUCGCCUCUUACCCUAAGUCAUGUGCCUAUAUGUAAAUGUCGGCGGACAUUUAAAACACGAAGAGUCGUUAGUCCUUUCUCUUUGAAAAGCGUCUAACGCACAUUGUACAUUUGCGCAAUCUUUCGCAGUUUCUCGUCGCUUCGAUACAAGGAGGCUUGAAACGUGCCCCAUGAUCUUGCGUGCGCGACCUUGUGAACACUCGAAGAAAACUUAAAAUAAUUAUAACGCACUCAGCGCGACAAAGUAAAAUGCAUAUUUGCAUCGAGGAAAUCAAAGGGACAUUCGCGAUAUAGAUUUCCGUUUUCUUGUCGUCCGUUUUUUUUUGUUUUUUCUUUUUUUGUUUGUACACGCUAUCGAAAUCAAUAAACUGCAAUAUUUAUCUUU